AUGUCAGACCAGAGGAUUCCGAAGGAGAAAAAGGAUUCCCUGCUCACCCAGGCGCGGGAAAUAGCAGCCGAUAUCCUUGAGUAUAAAGUCAUCAAUAGGAUCCAUUAUGGCAAGGAUGUCCAAAAAGUGCUAGCUCUCAUUCCCGAUGACAAUGAUCAAGAGAUGAGAUUUUUCAGGUCAAUCACACCCCCAAAAGCAAUGACUGAUCAUAUGAACCUGAUCGACUCGGCACUAGCUCAAUCCCCGAUCACAGAAGCUAGCAUCAGAUCGAAUAUUGAUGCGUUUAUCCUCUUCGUUAACAAGAUUACAGCCGCUCAGACACCACCUACAUGGCCGCUGAGCAUACAGACAGAACGCUCCUACAGCUUUGGACCUGUUAGGCUGCGUGGCAAGAAGGCAAAGCUUUCCACCAGCAUAGACUACAGAGUAUGGUACGGCGAUGAUGAACAGCUUCCCGUCAAUUUGAUCGUCAUCGGGAUGGAAGAAAGGCUAGACGAAAUUGCUCAAUGCUUAGGAUACAUGGGCUGUGUCCACCGCGAGAGGAAGCAAGUCUCCAAGCAGGAUGCAACGGUCUAUGGGCUGGCAACCGACAGCCAAGUCUUCCAUUUCCUCAAAAUCUCCCAUGAUUUCAAGUGGAGCGAAUGGAUUGUCAGUUCUUGA